AAAUCGAGGUUUAGAGAUUUGUGAUUUUUAUAUGAUUUUGUUUAUGAAGCUGCAAAUCGAGAAUCGCAACUGAAUUUUUGAUCCUUCUGGAAUGACAGAAGGAAAUUAAGGUUACUCGGGGUCGAACUUUACAAAAUUCUUUCUUUAUUUGGGAGGCUUGAACCAUGGCUACUUUGUCAAAGACGGACUCGAGGCGCAUGUAUUCUUGGUGGUGGAACAGCCAUAUUAGCCCCAAGAAUUCAAAAUGGCUUCAAGAAAAUCUUACGGAUGUCGAUAUCAAGGUGAAAGCAAUGAUAAAGCUCAUYGAAGAAGACGCAGAUUCAUUUGCUAGACGGGCAGAAAUGUACUACAAAAAGCGUCCCGAGCUUAUGAAACUGGUUGAAGAGUUAUACAGAGCUUAUCGUGCCUUGGCUGAAAGAUACGAUCAUGCAACGGGGGCGCUCCGCCAAGCUCACAAAACAAUGACAGAAGCCUUCCCAAAUCAAGUCCCAUUGUUGCCCGAUGAUCCAUCUGCUAAUUCUCCAUAUGACAGUGAUCCUCAGACGCCGAGAACUACCRUACGUGCGUGUUUUGAUCCCGAUGAUUUGCUGAAGAGGAAUGGGGCAAUGGAUGAAGAAUCUGAUGUAGUCGGGUCUACAGGAACGGUCAGACGAGGUCUCAAAUUCGGUGAUUCAGACGAUGGCAACAACAAGCACAGGGCGCAGACUCGAGCCUUGGCUGAAUUCGAGACUGAUAAAGAAAUCCUAUUGUUAAAAGAGUCCGUAGCCAAAGUUGAAGACGAGAAGGAAGCUGGCCAGAAGCAGUAUCUGGAAAGUUUGGAGAGAUUAUCGAAACUGGAGUCUGCGAUCUCUAGUGCACAAGAGGAUUCCCGWGAACUUGCUAGCCGAGCAAGUGAAGCCGAGGCUGAAGCCCGAACGUUGAAAGACGUCCUCCAGAGAUUAGAAACCGAAAAGGAAGAAAGUCUUAAGCUAUACCACUUUGGGUUGGAGAAGAUGUCCAAUCUCGAGAAUGCUCUGGCACAUGCCCGAGAGAGCGUUGAGGAACUCAACGAGCAAGCAAGGGAAGGUGAAAACAUAACCCAAAAUUUGAAACACGAAAUUGCRGAAUUGGAGAAGAGAUUAGCGGAAGCAGAGAAGGAAGCGAGGGAUUUCCGUGAACGAGCUGAGAAAGCCGAGAGUGAAGUCAAGACAUUGAAGCUAGCUAUCGACAAAUUCGAUAAYGAGAAGGAAGCACAAUCUCUCUUGUACCAGCAAUGCUUGGAGACUAUUUCCGAUCUCGAGGCUAGACUCACUUGUGCCCAAGAAGAGGCUGAAAAGCUAAAGAGCGAUAUUGAAAACGGGGUUUCACUGUUAAAGGGUGCAGAAGAACAACGUUUGAUGCUUGAGAARUCAAACAAGACUCUUCACACGGAAUUGGAAUCGAUGGUGUUGAAAAUGGGGUCUCAAACCGAAGAACUAACAGAGAAACAGAAGGAAUUGGGAAGACUUUGGACUUGCAUACAAGAGGAACGACUUCGGUUUUUGGAAGCCGAGACCGCUUUCCAGACUUUGCAACAGUUACACUCCCAAUCUCAAGAAGAACUACGAUCUUUGGCUGCCGAGCUACAGAACAGGGCUCGGGUUUUGACGGAUAUCGAAACUCGAAACCGAACUUUAGAAGGAGAGAUACAGAAGCACAUUGAGGAGAACAAGAACCUCAACGAGCUCAACUUGUCUGUGAUCGGUAGCUUAAAAGAAUCUAACUGUAAACUCGAGAAAGAGGUAGAACUCAGAGUCGACGAAAGAAACGCUCUCCAGCAAGAAAUAUAUUGCCUAAAAGAGGAACUGAACGAUUUGAAUAAGAAUCACCGAUGUAUYUUGGACCAAGUUGUUUCCGUAGGCUUGAACCCUGAAAGCUUAGGAUCAUCCGUAAAGGAGUUGCGGGAUGAGAACUCUAAUUUGAAAGAGGAAUGCCAAACCGAAAAAAGUGCAAAAGCCGCUCUACUCGAGAAACUCGAAAUACUGGGUCAGCUUCUCGAGAGAAAUSUCGUUUUGGAGAAUUCGCUCUCGGAUUUGGGUGCCGAAUUAGAAGGUGUUCGGGGUAAAUUAAAAGCACUUGAAGGAUCAUAUCAAUGCCUUUCAGAAGAGAAAUCUACUCUCGCUAUUGAGAAAGCGAAUCUACUAGGUCAGUUACAAGUAACGACCGAUAAUUUGAGUCUAGUAUCAGAGAAAAACACCGUUCUUGAGAAUUCCCUUUUCGAUGCUCAUGUCAAACUUGAAGUUUUGAAGCAGAAAUCGACGAGCUUCGAAGAUUCAUGUCGAUUGCUUGCCGAUGAAAAAUCUGCACUUAUAACCGAAAAGGAUACUCUAGCUUCGCAAAUGGAGAUCACUGAGAAAAGCUUGAACGAUCUGGAGGUAAAAUAUACGGAUUUAGAAGAGAAGUACUCGUCGAUGGAGAAAGAACGAGAAUCUACGCUUUGCAAAGUCGAAGAUCUACACGUAUCAUUGGCUUUGCAAAAUCAAGAACACAUCAUUUUCGCCCAAAAGAAUGACGAAAAAUUGCAGAGUUUGAGAAACCAGAUUCGAGUCCUAGAAGAAGAGAAUCGCGAUAGAAGGAAAGAAUAUGAAGAAGAGCUCGAUAAAGCUUUGGAAUYGGAUAUCGAGAUCUUUAUCUUGCUGAGGUGUGUACGAGACCUCGAAGAAAAGAACUCAUCUCUGUUCAACGAUUGCCGUAAACUCCAGGAAGCAUCGAUGUUAUCUGAAAAUCUCGUUCAUGUGCUGAAGCAAGAGAAAAGCGAAAACCAGGUGAAAAUCAAAUCUUUAUCGGAUCAGAACAGUAGAUUGAAGACGGGUAUGCACCAGUUGCUGAAGGUUGCUGGCCUUUCUUUGCAUCCCGGAUUCGAAAAUGGUCAAAUUCAAACAUGUUUCGAUAGCGUAUGUAGAAAAUUUGAAGGCACGAACUGUGCUCUCGUUGAAAAUGAAGACAAAAUCAGUGAAUUGGUUGUCGAGAUAUCGAUUCUAGUCGCAYUGCUGAAGCAACUGAAAUCAGAAAUGGCAGAUAUCGAGGCAGAAAAGUGCAGUAUUYAUCAGGAGUUAGGAGUCAGGACUGAGAAGAUUCUUGAGUUGCAAACUGAGGCCCRAAAACUUUCAGAAACAAAUGAAGAAUUGAGAUCGAGAGUAAUUGAAGGAGAUACCACGGAGGAAACACUAAGGACUCAGCUAGCGAGUUUACGUUCAGAGUUGUCGAUUGUUCAAGGAGCUUACGAGGCUUUACAGAUGGACAGUUCAGUGGUCCUCGAAGAAAAUGAGUCUUUAACGAAGGAUAAUGUUCAGAUGAACGAAAGGAUUCGUCUUCUAGAAGACGAAAACGAAGUCAUAUUUGCUGAUGUCAUAAGCCAGAGUAUCCUCUCUCGAACUUUGAAGAAAUACCUUGACGAGAAACAUGCCGAAAUCAACAGGCUCGAUGGAGAUCUACGAAAGCUUCAUGGUGUCAACAAAGUGAUUGUCGAAGAAAUGUCGAUGGUCGAGAAGGAACUGGACGAGGUGCGAAUGGAGAAUCUCCAUCUUAAAGAAACUUUAGAAAAAUCCGAGCGUGAAUUGGAAACAGUUACGUCUGUCCGUGAUGAAUUGAAUUCCGAGUUAGUGAACGGAAGUAAUCUAUUGCAUCUAAAGGAAAUGGAACACAAGGAAACAAUCCAACAACUCGAGAUUUUGGAGCAUGAAAAGACGGAGUUGUCCAAGAUAUUAUCUUGUCUGCAGAGAGAAAACGAAGAGGUCAAAACGACAAGAGACGAACAAGGGAAACAGAUUCUGAAACUUYUAGAAGAUAACGAUCAUUUGAGUGAAGAACGCAAGUGCCUAGAAGAAGAAACCCGGGUUUUGGACCAUAAAAUCCACCAAUUGACGGAAGACCAUCAAAAAACGGAGGAAACUUUGCGUUYUGAGUUGCAUAACGAAAAGGGCAAUGCUCGAUUGUUGGAAACACAUGCAUCGGAAGUCUAUGGUGAUUUGCAAACUUCGACUUUUUGUCAAGUUGUAUUAGAAGAGCGGAUUCGCGAGCUUACUGAAGUUUGUUUGAGCCUUCAAGAAGACAACACGUCCAAGGAURCGAAUACCAAAUUGCUGAAAGAAAGAACCGACGUUUUGGAAUGUGAGAACGGAGAUCUCAAAGCUCAUUUGGCUGCAUACGGCCCCGCCCUUGUGUCUUUGAGGGAUUGCAUCCUAUCGCUCGAAAAUCGUACCUGUAUCAGAACCAAAGUCCAACACUCUGAAAAUGAAGMAGCAGCGAAGGGUGCUGAAUCCGUAACCAUGGACCCCGAUGCAUCCGUUGACUUGCAGGAUCUGCAAGUUAAGGUCAAAGCUAUCGAAACUGCCGUGGUUGAGUUGCAGAUGCUCUCGAUGCAAGAAAAGUUAGAUUCAGAUGCAAAGCUCGAGUCUGCGAUGAAACAGAUCGAAGAAUUGAGUUAUCAAAAGAGUUCCCGAAGAGCAAACGGUAAGCGAACGUCAACAUCUGAAAUCUCAGAAAUAGAUGUCGGAAUACUUCCGAAAGACAUUAUGCUGGAUCAAGCGUCGGAGUGUUCAUCGUAUGGRGUUAGCAAAAGAGGACUAAUCGACGGUGAGAUAUGGGAAUCUGCCGAUAAGCACGGUAGCAUCAAUAUGAAUUUUGACGACUCUAAGAUCAUGUUCAAACACCACCCGACCUCCUCCGAUUUGUCGCUUGAUAAGGAACUGGACGUCGUGGACAAACUUGAGGUCUCGAGGAGAUUCCGGGAGCCUCGUGAUGACGGAAACAAGAGAAAAGUGUUGGAAAGACUCAAUUCGGAUGUCCAAAAGUUGACGAAUCUUCAAAUCACAAUCGAGGAUUUAAAGCGGAAAGUAGAGAUCACUGGAAAAAGCCGAAGGGGGAAAAGCAUGAUCGAAUGCGAGACUUUAAAAGGACAGCUUAUGGAAGCGGAAUCCGCCAUCCAGAAACUAUACGAACUCAACGGGAAGCUCGUAAAGCAURUCGAAGGCAAUUCAGAAUCGGGAGAAAGCGAAAGCGAAAGCAUGAGAAGGAAGAAAGUCUCGGAACAAGCACGCCGAGUGUCGGAAAAGAUCGGUCGUUUGCAGUUAGAGGUACAAAAGAUUCAGUUCGUGUUGUUGAAACUCGACGACGAGAAAGAAUCCAAAGGAAAAACACGGUUUCUCGACACCAAAAAACGCGUUCUCUUGAAAGAUUAUUUGUACGGCGGCGGAAGACCAAAAACGAUAAGCAGUAACAGCAGCAGACGCAAAAAUGGUCAUUUUUGCGCUUGUGUUGAGCCUGCAACCAAAGGAGACUGAUCAUUACUGACCAGUCUCUUUUGGUAGAGUUCAUAAAGAACACCUUUUUUUCGUCUAUAAAUUAUGAAGUAAUCUAGUGUGUGUUUUUUAAUCGUCAUACUUAUGAAUAACUUUUGUCGUUUUUUCGGUUUAGAGAGAGCGUAAGAGGCCGUCGUUYCCAUAUGAUCUCGAGAAGCUAUUUUUA